AUGAAAACCAAAAGUAUUCCAUCUGUUUCUGUUCAAAUUAAUGAGGGUUAUUUGAAACUUAUAAAAGAAAAUAGAAAAUACAUUAAACGCAUUGCUAGCGUUUUAUUAUAUACCGGAACACAGUGUAUAGCACAACGUGGUGAUGACGAAAGCGUAAAAAGCUUAAACCGUGGUAAUUUUUUGGAACUUCUUCAUUUAAUAGAUGAACAGUGUGAAGUUGUAGGCCAAGAUGUUCCCCAAAAUGCCAAAUAUACCAGUCCUCAAAUCCAAAAUGAAAUGAUCAGUAUUUUCAAUCAAAUAAUUUUGGAAAAAAUUAGCUUUGAACUACAAAGUUGUAAUUAUUUUGCUCUUAUAGUUGACGAAACGAAAGAUAUAAGCAAGACAGAACAGUUAUCAGUAGUAGUACGUUAUUAUAUUCAAGGUUCAAUACAUGAAAGGUUCAUGGGCUUUAAACCUGCUAAACAAUUAAAUGCGUCUUCCUUAUUAAAUUAUAUAAAAGAAAUACUAUAA